GGAUUUAGAAAUACAUUUUAUUUUCAACGAGAAUAUUAUGCAGGAAUAAUCAGUUUUCAUGUCAGGAUGGUCAUUUUUGCAGCAAAGAAAGACACAGCUAAAGGUAAGCUAAAGGUAAGCGUAGCAGCAAAACAACUGACUUAAACCAUGGUCCUACAAAAAUCAUGAAUGCCAAAUUCAAUUCCCUUAGUGGAAUAUGGUAACCCGUUACUGAGAACAACUUAUCCAGGACUUUAAGGAAUUUAAGAACAGUUAGCUGUGAACACAUGAAAGCUCUUCCUACCAGUAAGUAGGAAUGUCAGCUGAAGCUGUGUCUACAUUUAUACUUUUUUAUGGGAUGUUGCUUCUCUGCAUACAUCUAGAGUAGCACUUUGGAGCUGACUGACUGGGAAAUAUUAGGGUAGUUUUGUAGAUAAGUGAGGGUACAAGAGAGAUUGAUGUGAUCCAUGGUACUGAAAAGUUCUCCUAGGUACCAUGGUAUAAAUGUUAGGUGGACUAAAGGAGAGGGCAGAUAUUUAGUACUACCAGAUAGUCCAGAGGGAUUGGUGUGUGUGUGUGUGUGUGUGUGUGUGUGUGUAUGUGUCAAACAGACUAAUUAACUGCAGUUUGAAGCCCUGUUGAAGUUUGCCAUGUACAUAUAUCUUCCUACUGUUGAGGAGAUGGAGGGGGGAAUGUAUCAGAGGGGAUGAGUGAGCUAACUGAACAAACUGCAUCCACAAAGCCUGCUGAGAAAUGUUGCAGAUGAAUGUCAAAAUGGCACAGGGUCCUCUAUUAAAGAUCAUUCUGGAGAGAGACAGUCUUGGGUUCAUUGAAUACCUAGCUCCAAUAUCCAAGUUUCAAUACCCACACUGCCUAACGUAAGCAUGAUAACUGAAACUAAUGUGUACCUAAUUUCUAGAACAGGAGGGAAUCUGCACGCCAGCCUUUCUGAUCAUAGAGUUAGAACUGUACCCAGCAGGAUAUAACUGGUGUGUGAGCAAAAGUUCUGAGAGUACUUGCUGGAAUCAAAGACAAAACCAGUUCAGGAUACUCUCAGUCCCAGGUAAUUGAAAUACUGUGGAAAUAUCAGACCUGAUACAAUAUAAUAAAGGUAAUAUAGACUAUUCCAUGAUAAUAUAUAAUAUGCUCAGAAAAUAAGUCUAACACCUGAAGCAGCAAUUCUGAAAUCAGCUAAAUCCUGCUUAACGGAAUGUAAUAUGUAGAAGUUUGGUCCGUGAUAAAUUACAGGUACUCUGAAUGCCUGAGACAAAAUGCUCUCCGUAUGUUGCAUGGCAUCCUGAUCGCUUGGAGACUGAUUUAUUUUUGUUUGUUUGAAAUCCAGCAGCCCUACUAUCUUAGUAUUUGCUAGACAGAAAUAUAGAAGUAAUGUGUCUGUCCCAGCUGUGCCUGGACAUAGUGAAGAAUAAAGUGACAUCCCCUUCUACAUCUUGCUUGUCUUCUGUCAUUGGAACAUGCUUUUUUGGAGACCUGAAGAAAUAAAUAAAAAGCUGAAAGGGUGGUUCCUCAAGUAGUUCAUGGUUUGCAGCCAAACAUAUACUUCUUGCAGAUAUGGAAAGGCAUGAGAAUUUAUACAGGUGAAUGUCAGUCAAGAUCUCCCUGUGCUGGAAGACUAAGAGUCCAAUUAUGAAAUGAGAUUCUGAGUAAUCUAAAAUUAGAUCUGAUGGAUAAAUGCUAAAGUAGUAAUGGAGUCCUAAUAUCACCCUUGAGACUCUUCAGGCUUCAAUGGCCAUGAGAUGUGAUUUGUAUCCUUCCAACCUUAACCAUAUGGAGUGAAAGAAAAAGCAUUAAUGUUUAAGGAAAUGAGGCUUCUCUUUUUUGACAGUCUCUUUAUCAGUCCAGGGACAUAGUAUUUUGCCAGAGGUGAACUAAUACUUGUGCCAGAACUUCUGUGAAGAUCCUUCAUGCUAUAAAAUAUACUGAACUGAUAACCACAAAAUCACACAGAAUGACUGACUGGUUUAGGUCCGAAGGGACCUCUGUAGGUCACUGGUCCAACACCCCAACAGGUUGCCCAGGGCCAUAUCCAGGUGGCUUUUGCAGGUCUUCAAGGAAGAAGACUCCACAGCCUCUCUGGACAACAUGUGCCUGUGCUCUGUUACACACACAGUAAAGCAAUGUUUCCUGAUGUGCUGAUGGAACCCUUGUGUUUCACUUUGUGCCCAUUGUGCCUCUUGACUGGGCACCAUGAAAACAGCCUGACUCCAUCCUCUGCACCUUUCCUUCAGGUAUUUAUAGACUUUGAUAAAUUCACCCCAGUCCUUCUCUAGGGUGAGCAGUCCCAGGUCUCUCAGCCUCUCUUUGUAGAAGAGGUGCUCCAGUCCCUUCAUCAUCUUUGUGGCCCUUUCUUGGAGGGAAGGGACUCUCCAGGGGCUCCAUGCCUUUCUGGUACUGGGAGCCCAGAACUGGACACAGUAUGCCAAGUGUGGACUCAACAGUACUGAACAGAGGGGAAGGACUACCUCUCCUGAAGCAACAAGUUGCCUAAUGCAGCCCCUGAUACCGUUAGCCUUCUAGGACACCCAGGUCCUUUUCUGCAAGGCAUCUGCUUCCCAGCUGGGUGGCCCAGCUGGUUUUGACCCUUGAUCAGUGCUAGAAAAAGAUGUUUUUUAUUGAGGCAGCUUCAUAGAUAGCAGGUGCAGCGAAUUGCAAUAAACACAAAGCAGUGCUUCUUUUGCAAAUAUGAAAUGACUCAUUAUGAGUUACCUACCUGAAAUGUUAGGUAUUUAGGUUAGUGUUUCAGAUCGGUUUCUCCCCCCUCCCUCUUUAAUUUCUUCAUAUUUCUUUCAGCCUUUUUAUGUAGUCCCUAUGGUUUCUGUACAGGCAUAUGCCUAUGUCCAAUGAUUUAGGUUGCAAAUUACAAGAUUUCUUUUAACUGUCACAACAGAGGAGUGAAGCUUUAUCACCCAUAAUCACCCUGGAUAAAUAGGAAAUAUAAGAUAUUAAGUUCAAUGUAAGUGGAAAUUUUAGCAGGUAGGUUAUGGAAAGAGAUAGCCAAUGUGGUUGCUUACAGUGAUCUAGAGCACCAUUCUCAAGUACCUGAGAAGUAAUUUCUAGUUUCAUACUACUCUAUGUAUAAAAUGAAAUUUUAAUCUAGAUGCUGGGAAAGAAGAAAGAUUUUACAAGUUAUCUUUUCCUUGUUAUCUCAUUCUACAGAACAUACUGUAGUUAUUUAUAAAUGUGUAACCACCAGCUGCCUUUUCUCACAGUUUUUUUCCUCUCUCAAAACCACACUGAUAAGCAGCAAACAAGGAACAACCACAGGACUACAUACAUUUGUAAAUAGUUAUUUUCAAAAAGCAGUACUACUAGGAUACAUAAAAAUAAUGAAAAGCCAAUUAAUAGGAUUUCUUAUGAACUUUUGGAUUUCAUCUUCGAUUGCUUUGUAUUUUCAUAGUGCAGAAAGAGAAGAGAAAUGUAUAAUUGAAGACGUUCCCAGUGACACGUUGGUAACUGGGAAUUACAAAGUACAGAGAUGGGAUAUACAUAAACAAGUUUUUCUUGAAUCUGCUCCUGGUUUGGGGAUGUUUGUGACUGUUAGAACUCCUUCUGAUGAGGUAAUAUUGUCAAAACUGUAUGGGCCAAAAGCAACAUUUUCUUUUACAUCCUAUCUAUCUGGGGAGCAUAUUAUCUGUUUACAGUCUAACUCCACGAGACUUGUGGCAUUUGCAGGAAGUAAACUGCGUAUCCAUUUGGACAUUAGAGUUGGAGAACAUUUUCUGGAUGAAACAGUUAUUCAAGCCAAAGACAAAGUGAAUGAAGUUAACUUUAGACUAGAACAUCUAAUGGAGCAAAUUCAACACGUUUCCAAAGAACAAAACUAUGAAAGAGAACGUGAAGAAAAAUUUCGGAAUAUAAGUGAACAGACCAACAGCAAUAUUUUGUGGUGGGCUGUGGCACAAACAUUUAUCCUUAUCUCCAUUGGAAUCUGGCAAAUCAAAUCUCUCAAAGAUUUCUUUAUAGCUAAGAAGCUUGUUUAAGUCUUAUGAAGUAAAUGCACAGAUUGGAAAUUUCCUCAUUAUCUAAUAUAUAAAAUUCAAAGAAACCCUGUACCUAUGAGAAAAUAUGUUGUAUAAAACUCUCAAGCUUCUCUCAUUUUCUACUCUAUUUGUCACUCUAACUCUGGUUUCAGUCUCUGGCCUCUCCUUAAAUUUUAAUCGUUGAAUUCCAUCUUUUAUUAGUUUCUUUUUCUCUGUAGAUGUAAAGCUAAAUCUAGAAGACUCAAUGACUAAGGCAGCAAUUAACUUUAACUCAGGAUUGUUAAAUUUAAAAUAGAAAUCUUUAAAAUAAAAUCCUAAUGUUUUAAAGUU